UGUCGCAUGUUAAAGAAAUCGAAAGUCGUGGUGUUCAGUUCUGUUAAUAUUUUCUAUCUUGAAACGAAUUAGGGUUUCUUAGUCUCAUUGAAUAGAAGCCAGUAUGUUUCUGAAGCCUUUUAGAGUAAAAAAACAAAACACUCUUAAGGGAUCUGACAGGAAAAAAAUGAAAGGAGAAAUAGGAAAGUUAUACAAUAUACCAGAAGAUGUUCUAAAUGAAUUAUUUCCAACAAAAGGAGACAUGUCUAUGGCUAAAAUAGAACUACAUAAUGGUGACAAUGCAUUUUUAUAUACUAGUCAAAAAAAUCCUGUUUUCUUUGAAAUAAACAAGAAAAUGUUCCCAACAGUUUAUUCAUUAUGGAAAUGUCCUGACAUGUUGCCAGUUUUUACUACAUGGCCACAAGUAUUUACAAAACUAGUAGUAGGUGCUGAUCUAAUGUUACCUGGUGUAGUUAUAAAUGGACCAGUACAUAUGGGAACAUUUCGUGGUAUAAAGAAGGGAGAUAUAGCUAGUGUUAAGUUGGUUGGUAACAGAGCACCUGUAGCUGUUGGUGAGACCUUAUUAUCUGGUGAGGAUAUGUAUUUAUCUGCUAUGAAAGGAAAAGGUGUAAAACCAAUUCAUAUGAUGGGAGAUCUCUUAUGGGAGUUAGGAGAUCAGUCCGAACCUCCUCAUCUGUCUGAUGAUAUAGAUAUUGAAGGUGAUUGUGAAUCAGAGGACGAUAGUGAUACAGAUGGAGAUGAUAAAGAAUCUGAUAAUGAAGAUGUUCCUGCAGUAGAGAAACUGACCAUGCAGGACAAUGAGUGUAAGGGUGCUACAGCUGCUGUCUCAGAUUCUGAAGAUUCCGAGAGUGAGGAAGAGGAGGAGGGAGAUGAUCCAAAGAAAGUUAUGGAUGAACUGUUAGAUUACUGCUGUCUCUGUGCUCUUAAAGCUAAAGUGAAAAACUCAGACUUGCCUCUAUCUACAGGAAUAUUCUUCAAGAAUUAUUUACAACCAUACUGUCCUCAGGGAAAAUAUAUAGAUAUAAAAAAGUCCAGUUAUAAAAAGUUGUCUAAAUAUUUACAAACUAUAGAAAGUAGAGGUCUACUUAGAGUUAAACAAAUGGCAAAAGGAAUGGACAGCAUUGUAGAAAUUGACAAAGAUCAUUUAGAAUUACGAGAUUUAGAGGUACCAGAAUUAGUUGUACAACCAACUGAAGGUAGUGAAGAUGAUUUUAUACCACCAGUUAUAUCAGAUGUUUUCUGUAUUCCUUCAAAUCUUUUACCGUUCUUUAAAUCAAAGAAGUACAGUAAAGGCAGAGGGUUGGUCGCAGAUGAAGUCAGACAAUUUUUAACAGAUUAUGUGAAAGAAAACGAUCUACAGGACCCUGAACACAAAGGUGUGAUCAAAAUAGAUCCUAUAUUGGGUGAAGUUCUCCUGAGGAAAACUGAAAAUGAUUCCUGCCUAAAAUGGGAAGUGGCUAAAUCAAGGUUAUUUGAAAAACUGCAGCCUGCUUUUCAGAUAGUUUAUCCAGGAAAACCUCCUAUUUUAAAGAAAGGAAAGGUUGAUCCUAUUAAAAUAGAUGUUGUACAAAGAUCAGGCAAUAAAAAGGUGACUUUGAUAGAUAAUGUAGAGACAUUUGGUAUAGAUCCUGAUAAAUUUGCUCAUACAAUACAAGUGAAGAGAGCAUGUAGUACAACAGUUAAUCCUUCUGUACAAAAAAAUAAAGGCUUACAGAUCAUGGCACAGGGAAACCAAGUAGAUUUUAUACAACAAUUAUUAUUAGAAAAAUACAAGAUUCCUGUUAGAUUUAUUCAAGGAUUAGAAAAAGGAACAACAAAAAAGAAGAAGAAAAGAUGAAUUGAAGGAUAAGAAAUUGUAAAUAAAUAUAUGAAUUAUAA